AUGUAUUUGAAAAAUAUCAUACUGUUUUUCUUCGUGUCGUUGCACUUUUUCCAAUGUCAGGGUAGCCCAUCACAAGAACAACUUGACUCGGUUGAAGAGAUAAUCGCGGAUCAAGUGCACCAAAAUGAAGGCAUAGGUAUCCAAAAAUUAAAAGAUGUACUUCUCAUAAUAGAAGAGAGCGCAGACAGUUAUCAAACGUUCCCCACAACUGUAUUAGACUACAUUGUUUAUGCAUUGAAAAAGACAGCAUAUAACCGUUUGUUUUCAAUUAAAGAUAUUAAAACCUACGCCCUAGCGUUUGCAGUUUCAUCAGAUGAAGACCUAAUGAAUUUCACAGAAAGCCUCGUGCGGCUUAAUAGAAAUGGUGAUGGCAUGGGCUAUAGAGCGUUCAAAACUGUAAUUGAGAGAAUAAAACAGGCAAAGCACAUAGAAACACCAGUACCCACUUAUGAUGACUUCGAAGAGGCUUGUUUAGUAUUAUCUAUUUCCCAAUCUCAGCGGCUCAAUACCCGGCUGUUCAGUUAA